AUGCUCCCAACCAGCCAGGCUGAGUCUGCGCGGGCGCAGGCCAGCUACGAGCUCGCCGACAAGGAACCUCACGACGACAGAGCGCCACCUCCAUCACAGCGCAACAACCGAGACAAGAUUAGAUGCCUCGACGGGCUUCGCGGCAUCGCCUGCCUUCUCGUAUUCAACUACCACUUCCUGUGGCCAUGGACACCGUCCAUCAUGCUGGGCUAUGGAGCCUUCCCCCCAGGCGCGCCUGAGCCAUACUGGGGCCUGCACCAGCUGCCCAUCAUCUGCCUGCUGACGCGCGGGCGUCCCAUGGUGGCCAUCUUCUUUGCCAUCUCAGGCUACGUCCUCUGCCGACACAUUCUCCGGGCCAUUCACGAACGACGCCUCGAUGCCGCCUACCGAAGUCUGUCCUCGUCUGUUUUCCGCCGAGUUUUCCGCCUUUACAUACCCCCGACCGUCAGCAUGUUUCUCGUGGCCAUGCUCGCCCAGCUCGGCGCUUUCCGGCCCGAGGACGACAUCUUCAUGGGUCGCGACUCGGUCUACAUCAAUGGCACGGUGACCAAGCUCUCGCUCGGCACACCCUGUGUGAACGGCACAGCGGUCGCUGGCGCACCCGGCGUCGCAGAGUACCUGGGGCUGCAGACCUCAGGCUACCUGUACAACACGACUGGUUGGGAUGAGUCGCUCUCUCUCUGUGUCAAUGCGACGAGCAAGGAGUUUGGCCCGUCGCGCACGUAUUCGCUGCUCGCCCUUGCCGAGGACGAGUUCAGGAACCUCAACGGUACCGACAGCGACCCCGGAGCCAAGGCGGUCGAGACAUACAUGCAGCAUUACGGAGACGAAUAUUGGCCACCCUACCAGGGACCCGUGCCGCUCCACACGGGCAACGGAACCAACAUGACGCUGUGUGAUGGCACCAAAGUGCGUAACACCACAGACUUUAUGCUGGUGCAGAUGGGCGGCUCCUGGGAAGAGCAUCCCUUCAUACACGAUAACAUUACCUAUGCGGUGCAGAACUUUACCAGAGCCUACGCCGAGUGGGCUAAUCCCUUCAAUUUCGGCCACUAUCACCCUCGCUACGACCCCCACACGUUCACUAUCCCCAUGGAGCUGCGCGGGUCCAUGUUCAUCUACAUCUUCCUGCUGGGCACCGCGGCGCUCAAGGCAAAGUACAGACUGGGUAUUGCCGGCGGCUUGAUGGCCUACUCACUUCACAUGUCCAGGUGGGACAUGGCCACGUUUCUGGGCGGCACGGCUCUGUCUGAGCUGGACAUUCGACGGUCCGACGAGGCCAGGAGCCUAGGCCCCCCAGCCACCGGCUCGCAGCGACAAAAGUCAGCUUCGCGGGACAUGGCGCUUCGGUAUCUGGGCAUUGUGACGGCCCUGCACUUUCUUUCGUACCCGGACGCUGCGGCCGAGUACACGCCAGGCUUCCGGACCAUGGCAAAGUGGGUUCCGCGGUAUUACAUCCCCCUCUCCGGCUGGAUGGUGUACCAAUCCUUGGGUGCCCUCAUCCUCCUGCCCUGCGUGAUGCGCAUGCCCUUCCUUGUCAGCAUCCUCGAAGGCAGAGUGGCGCAGUACCUUGGCAGGAUCAGUUUCUCGUUGUACCUUGUCCACGGGCCGAUCCUGCACAGCGUAGGCUUUUGGAUCAUGCCCCGUCUGUUCGACUACUUUGGCCAGCCCGUGGGCUUCGUCGUCGGAUGGACGGUCCUCCUCACACUGACGCUUUAUCUGGCGAAUAUCUGGUACAAAAAGGUCGACCUGUGGAGCGUGACAGUCGGGAAGAGGAUCGAGAGGAUGGUGGUUUAUUAG